AUGUCAAAAAUGGCACCAAUAGAUGAUGAAGAAGAUCUUAGUAAUGAUAAUGAUAAUGAAUGGUUAAUAGAAAUGUCUUUAGCUAGUGCCAACUUAUGGGGAAAGCUUAUGUUACCAGUUGUCUACAAUGAAUAG